AGAGAACUUAGCCGACGCAUCUCUUUUCUUUUACUCUCCUACCAAAUAAACACUUCAAUAAAAGAUGCUCUCUACGCGUAUCCAGUGCGCACUGGCGCUCCUGUCCCUCGCGCUCGCCGUCAGCAGCGUCUCAGCAGCGCCGUCAGAUGCCAAACUCCGCCAACUUCUGCAGAGAUCUCUCCUCAACCCAGCUGGAAAACAGGAACUCGCCAGAUACACACUUGCAGACCUGCUUUCAGACCUCGUGCAAGCAGAAAACGAGGCGCUGGAGCCCGAGGAUCUGUCGCGCGCCGCUGAGAAAGAUGAUGUGCGUCUGGAACUCGAGCGCGCCGCCGGCCCCAUGCUCGCACCCCGCGAGCGCAAAGCCGGAUGCAAGAACUUCUUCUGGAAAACUUUCACGUCGUGUUAAUUCCUCAUCACGAAGCGUUUGACUUUUUUCUUUCUUUUCCUUUUUUACUCGUUUUAUUUCUCCCCAAUUCUUUCACAUUCUUCAUCCUAACCAAACUGUAAAUAAGAAAAUGUCUGUCGUCUAACAACGAUGGUAGCUCUCACCGAGGCUAUAUUGAUGUGUCAUCGGAAAGAAUGUUGUACGAAUGUGUGCAAAUCUGCUUUUAAUUGUACUUUAGCAGAUAUCACUAUUUUUAAUUGUUUGUUUGAAUAAAAUCUAUGUUUCAGA